CUCACACAUCAAACAGAGAAAAAUCCACAUGAGAGCUGCACAAACAGCUACAACAGUGCAUGGAAUCUUUCUCUUUUCAUUUUCAUAUCCAGCAGGGAUUUGUGCCUCGGACACUUUCGCAUGACCAAGACUUGCUUUAAGAUGAGUUUCUAAAAGAAAGUCUGCACUGGUUCCCAAUGGGAGGUUUGGUCGUACUGGGAUGUGCACUACGGAGUAAGUAGCCUAGGUGACUUUUAGAAGUUAUAACUACAUUGUUUGAAAUAUGUUUUGCUCGGUAUCAGUUUUAAGUUUUGUAAAGGACAGAUAGAGAGCCUCGUUCAUUUCACUGAUCCAGGAAGAACGAAUGUUGCACGACUCUUUUUUUUUCAUUUUCCCGCAAAACAAAUAGAAGCAAUCUGAGAGAGUAAGGGGGAAGAAAAGAAUAAGAAAUAAAUUAAGAAAUACAAUUCGAAAGAGCGAAAGCGCGCUCCGUUUUUGCAGGACACUAUCAUGAGUUUGGUAGGAGGCUUUCCUCACCACCCGGUCGUGCACCAUGACGGCUACUCGUCCUCCUUUGCAGCAGCAGCUGCAGCCGCCGCCGCCGCGAGCCGCUGUCACGAGGAAAGCCCUUAUUUCCACGGGUGGCUCAUCGGGCACGCGGACAUGUCCCCGCCGCCGGACUAUGGCAUGGCGCCUUCGUCCUACAGCCCCGAGUAUACCACCAAUAACGCCGCCGGCGGUGUGUGCGCGCCCGGGCCUGGCUUGGAGCACGGGCCCUAUGGAGCAGGCGGCGCUGGAGCGCUCGUCCCGGGCAUGAUGGUGGUGCCGCGCGCCGUGAAGCGGAGGCCCACGGCGAACCGGAAAGAAAGACGCAGGACUCAGAGCAUCAACAGCGCGUUCGCCGAGCUGCGUGAGUGCAUCCCGAACGUGCCCGCUGACACCAAGCUCUCCAAGAUCAAAACGUUGCGCCUCGCUACCAGCUACAUCGCCUACCUCAUGGACAUCCUGGACAAACACGAGCAGCACGGCGGCGGCGAAACGGAGGCCUUCAAGGCCGAGUUCAGGAAGGCAGACUCCAAAGAAGAGAGGAGGAAGAAAGAAACGAAUGAAGUUUUGAAAUGUUCAGGGAGCAGCAAUGACAAGAAACCCAAAGGGAGAACUGGUUGGCCGCAACACGUCUGGGCUUUGGAACUGAAACAGUGAACUUAAACAAAAAACAACCUUGCAUUGAGGCCUUUCCAUGUCAUGUUUUUUACACUAACUUUAUUUAAUGGAAUAUUUAUGUGCAAUUUCUACGGACAAUGGAUCCUUGAAGACAAAACAAACAAAAAAAAAAAAACAUUCCAUUUUUAACAGGAGGAUGCCCCUCUUGGUAAGGGAUUGUGUUGUUGCUAUUGUUGUUGUUGCUAUUGUUGUCUAGUUUGUGGUGAUUAUCUGCCACUGAAGUGAAAGUGUAAGUCUCUCUCUUUCUCUUAGAAAAAAAAAUAGCCUAUCAAGUGAGAGGUCGAGAAAAUUAUGAAACGGUUUGAAAUAACGUUUCAAUUGGAGAAAGAAAAAAAUACAAAUGUCAUGAAGUGUUAUGUUGUGAUGUUUUGUUGUGGUCGUAUAUAUAGGAAUCUCUCUGGUCGUGUUUGAAACCUAAUGUUGAGUCCACUCAAGUGCACUUCCGUCCAGACACCAGAAGUUUAUAUAAAAUAAUAAUAAAUAUCUGAAGAUGUAAACGAUGUAAUUAAUUCAA